CUGUGCACGGCAGAAACAAAAGAACCCGUGAGCUUACCUGUAUGCGGCACCUGCUUGAUGCUUUUGAUGACAACACUGCUAGCGAUCGAAAACAAAUACCGCACAGAAACGCCGGGAUGGAAAACCUUUUCCCUUGAGCGAAACGUUCCCAGCUCCUUGAUGUUUUAGUAGUGUGUGUGUUCCCCUCCCUAGUUGCGCAAAAACAAGAUGAUCCUACUCGACUGAUAGCCUUAAUCGGACAAAACGCUCAUCCCCCGUUGCCAUCCAUCCCCGGUACCGGUAAUGUCUUCCUUGCGCCAACAAACCGUCGCACAGUAUGCGCUGCUCGUUGCCGCCUCGCUCCUCGCUUACGGUGGCUCACUGUACGGAACGUUCGUGUUCGACGAUUCGGCCGCGAUCGUCAAAAACAUGGACGUGCGCAAUGUGGCCACCCCGUUUCGCGACCUGCUGCGGCACGACUUUUGGGGCAACAACCUAACCGACCCGACCAGCCACAAAUCCUUCCGGCCGCUGACCGUGCUUAGCUUCCAGCUGGAGAACCGGCUGCUAGGACUGAACGCCGGCCACAUGAAAAAGGUCAACCUGGCACUGCACACGCUCAUCUGCCUGUUGGUGUUUAAGCUGUAUCAGGUUUUGUGGCGUGAUUCGGGCCAAUUCCGUACCCCGUUUUGGGCCGCCUUCAUCUUCACCGUCCAUCCGAUACACACGGAGGCAGUCGUGGGAAUUGUAGGACGGGCCGAUCUGCUGGCCGCCAUCGGAUACCUGACCGUGCUGGUGCUGUACCAACGAUGGCUAGCGAGCGAACGUCGCUACGGGGCGGUUGUGUAUGCGGGACUCUUCCUGCUCACCGUGCUCUCGAUGCUGUUCAAGGAAACGGGCAUGACCGCGCUCGUUGCCUGUGGGGCGAUAGAUUUGCUAAAGCGCAUCAAUUUCCGAGUUCCUUUGGCAGAGUUUUUCACCGUGCAUAGGUCCCGGCUAGGUCGGAUGUUUAUCCUAGCUUGCCUUUCCCUAGCAACGGUUGCUCUGCGCCUAUGGAUAAUGGACUUUGAAAGUCCCCGGUUUCAUCGAAUGGAUAAUCCGAUCGGAGCGACCAACAGUACCGUCUCGCGACUUCUCUCCCAAAGCUAUCUUUACUGGCUAAACAGCUGGCUGUUAAUUUGUCCCGAUUGGUUAAGCUUCGACUGGGCGCUCGGUUCCGUCCCCUUGCUGGAAAGUGUCGCCGACUAUCGCAUGCAGUUUGUCGUUCUGUUUUAUGCCGCCAUUGCGGUACUAGCCUUACGUUCGUAUGAAUCCAAAUCGCGGGAAAUUACCACAUCGCUAGCAUUAGCUAUCAUUCCCUUUCUUCCGGCGUGCGGGCUGGUACGGGUCGGUUUUGUCAUUGCCGAACGGUUGAUCUACCUUCCCUCGGUUGGCUUUUGCUAUCUGAUUGCAGUAGGCUGGCGACGUUUGAUCAAACGCUCCGUUGCUUUCUACAUCCCGCUGUGCCUACUUUGCACCAUGUUUAUCCUGAAAACACAGUCCCGUGCGUACGAGUGGACGUCGGAAGAUUUACUGUUCCGCUCGGCACUGCGCGUUUGUCCACACAAUGCGAAAGUGUACUACAACAUUGCACGGCUGGCGACGGAUCAGGGCGACCGUGCAACGGCCUUUACCUUUUAUCGCCGUGCAAUCGAGCUGCAUCCCGAGUACGAGGCGGCACACAUGAAUCUGGGCAAUCUGUACCGCGAAACGCACGAGCUCGACCGGGCGGAAUGGCACCUGCGCCGGGCGAUCGAAAUUCAUGAACCGUUCCCUUCGGCCUGGAUGAAUCUGGGCAUUGUGCAGGCGGCACGGAAGGAUCAUGACGCCGCCCUGACAAGCUAUCAGCGUGCACUGCAGCUGAAGCCGAACUAUGCCAACUGCCUGUACAAUCUGGGCAAUUUGUACAUUGACAAACAGAACUCCUCCAUGGCGCUGCGUUACUGGCGGGAAGCGAUACAGCAAAACCCCCGACACAGCAAAGCCUGGGCCAACAUACUCGCACUGUACGACAAUCGGGGCCGCACGGAGGAUAUUAUUCGCACGUCCGCCCUGGCACUGACCUUCCUACCGAACGAUACCGCCAUCCUGUUUACCCGUGCCAAUGCGUACGGCAAGCUGGGCCAGUACGAGACGGCCGAAUCGCUGUACCAUCAAAUCAUUGCCGCCCGGCCCGAUCACGCCGUGUACCGGGCGAACCUCGGCGUGCUGUAUCACCGGUGGGGCCAGCGGAAGGCGCAGGCAAUCGAGCAGUACCGGGCAGCGUUGCGGCUGGAUCCGAAUUUGCGCAGUGCCAAAGCGAACCUGCUGAAACUGAUGGACGCGACGUAGGCGGGCGCACCAACGCGUAGACUGUUAACUGACUGAUCAAAGGGCACGAUCACUUUUAUAACGCAAGCGAUGGUCUGUUUACUAGGUAUGGAAAUUAUUCCAUUAUUUAUUACUCUCGGCGUAACGCGGUGGAAACGUUUUCCUUCAUUUUAUCCUUAACGCAUAUAAGAUAUGACUUAAAACGCGAAACGCCUGUAAGAUACUCGUACUCUGAUUAACGUAAUUUUAACCAUU